AUGCCUGUGUGGGCUCACAAUUCGUGGGUUUGCUUGUUCACCGCUAUGUUGACUGUUGCCAUCGGGGGCAAUGCUAUCGUUAUUUGGAUCGUUACAGCUCAUCGCAGGAUGCGGACAGUGACGAACUACUUCCUCGUGAACCUGUCGUUUGCUGAUCUGAUGAUGGCGUCCUUGAAUUGCCUUUUUAACUUCAUCUACAUGCUACAUAGUGAUUGGGUGUUCGGCGUACGAUACUGUCAGCUGAGCAACUUCAUCGCGAACGUGACGGUAGCGGCGAGCGUGUUUACUCUCACUGGAAUCUCUUUUGACAGGUAUCAAGCGAUAGUAAGGCCGAUGAGACCACGGAUGUCGAAGACCUGUUCUCUCAUCAUGAUAGCCGGCAUAUGGGUUAGCGGAAUGCUGCUUGCUAUACCGUGUCUGCUUUACUCAACUACAAAGGAAUAUAAAUCAAAAGGCAUAUUGAAGACAGCGUGCUUGCUGUCGUGGCCGGACGGUUUACCCGACGUCUCUUAUAUGGAUUUUGUAUAUCAGGUACUAUUCUUCGUGGUGACAUACGCAGUUCCAAUGCUGGGAAUGACGUUUUUCUAUUCAGCGAUGGGUAGAGUUCUCUGGGGAUCAAGAUCAAUCGGUGAGCUCACACAGCGCCAGGCAGACUCUAUACGAUCGAAAAGAAAAGUCGUGAAGAUGUUUAUCCUUGUCAUCAUAAUAUUUGGCAUAUGCUGGUUGCCCUACCACUCGUACUUCAUCUACACCCACUUCAACCCUUCUAUUCUAUACAUGAAGUACAUACAGCACGUGUACCUUGGAUUCUAUUGGCUGGCGAUGGCUAAUGCGAUGGUUAAUCCCAUCAUUUACUACUGGAUGAAUGCAAAGUUUAGAUCGUAUUUUCGAACUGCUAUCCUAUGUCGUUGGCGCGACACAUGCUUCAGAAGAAAACGACCAAUGCCCGAAUCACCUCCAGAAUGCAUCUCGCAGUCAGGCAGCCGAUCCAGAUCAGGUUUUUACUCAUUAACCCGCAGAGAAGCCAAGAAAUUCAAGAGAAAGUGCAGUAGUCGCAUGGCCGCGCUCGUCGUGUCAAGAACCCGGCCCGCGGUUGCAGAGACCGCCUUCGUUUGCUAGCUGUCCACGGUGCCCACAUCGGACUUAUUACGAUGCCUUUAUCCACGGACGUAAAGUUUAAGGAGAAAUAAAACUUCAACUUAAAAAAAAUACUGAAAAUAAAAUAAUUAUUGGUGUCUA